AUCAUUAGGUGAUUAUCAACGAAAUCGACUUGAUCAACAAGUUCUUCAUAUAUUAUUCGUGCAAAUUAUUUGUUAUAUUAUAUUUACAACUCCUCAAUUAUGUAAUUUAGUAUUUAAUACAAUCUUAAUAAUUACUCCUUAUCGGUCGAAUGAUGAAUUAGCUUUUGAAUCAUUUCUUAAUUUUCUAGCGGAAUUGAUGUUAUAUUUGUUUCCAGUUACAUCAUUUUAUUUGUAUACACUUACAUCUCGUACAUUUCGUAAAGAAUUAAUUGAUUUUUUUCGUUUAUUAUUGAUUUAUUGUGGAAGGCAUCAAAUUACACUAACAGAAACUGCUUUAAUUCCUCAUCAUCGUAUGGAAAAUAAUGAAAUAACUGUCAAUGCAUCUGUAGAACCAAUCAACAAAUAA